GGAGGUGGAUGAUCCGGUUUCUGGCUUGUCAAGGGAAAUCGGGGAAGUUGAACGGCAGAUUGCUGUGGUUGAGGGCCAAAUUAGUGCGGUUGAGGGCCAAAUCAGUGCGGUUGAGGGGCAACUCGAGCAACCAAAUGAUCCUGAGAAGGAGAAGCGGCUGUUCCAGAAGGGGAAGUGGCUGGUCGAGAAGGAGAAACAGCUGCGCAAGGAGAAAGAGCAGCUGCGCGAGGAGAAGAAGCAGCUGCGGGAUCUCUUACUGGAGUCCGAGGAACCAGUCAAAGCGGUUGGGACUGUGGCAAAUAUAGAUAGUCUCUUGGAUAGGUUUUGGCAUGAGUUGUGCAAGCCAAAUCGUGAAUAUCCCAAGGCGGAUGCGUUUCUGGCGGAUUUCCCAACGUGUAAAGUCCCACUGCCAAAAGAUCCUACAGAUGAAUGCCCCCGCCUCUUGUGGCAUGCACUAGACCAGCCUUUCGAAGCAUCCAAGCGUAUCAUAGAGGUAACUAACAAAGCGCGGCCGUCUCUUCAACGUGUCGGGAUCGGGGAAGACCAGGACAUUAUAUGAGAUCGCUGUAGCCCAGCGUGGGCUCUUCUUUGUGGGGGUCUCUGAGACUGGUACUGGAGCUGAAGGUUCAGGAGAUCUCAAGUUAGUGACAUCAAAGUUGCUGGAGCUGUAUCCAACUGGAGACAUUCCAGAAGUUAGUGCUGCAAUCUGCCUCAAAGCUUUGCUCAUCAGCAGGUUUUAUUUGCUGGGGCAGGUGGAGAAAAUGGGCUAUUUGACAGGUCAGGCAUGGCUCUUCAAGCAGGUUGCACUCCAGCAUUUCUAUGGCUUCAAAGAUCCGUUCAAGGCGCUCACCAUUAGACUUUUAAACUUGAUACGGACUGAGGAGGACUUGGAACGCAUUGAAGGUCAGUUCCAGGGGGUAUUGGAUCGUCUAAAAGGGAAUUGGGAUGGUCCGAUUAUAUUCGACGAGUGUCAAAUAAUAAAUUGCUGGUUGGAGAAGCGCUUUUCAUCAGCGAUUCUUGGUUGUAGCAGCAGAUCAUUUCUCGACAUUCUUGUGCCGGCACUCAUAGAUUGUGGAUUUCGACAAUUCUACUAUGCAGGCACAGGUGGUAGUAUGCUAGCCGUGGCACGGGGUUUCUCUGCCACUUUGAAGAGAAGAGCUUCUGUUAUUGUCUUUCAUGGAUUUGGUGGAUUCACCACUGUUGAGGACUUCAAGCUCUAUGCUGGGAAACUACUCCGAAGUGUGGAUGGUAUUGAUAUGCAGAGGGUCUGUGAUUUGUACAAAGGGAGGUACAGGUUUUUUGUCACAGCACUUGAGCAUUUCAUUGGGAGCAAGCGUCCCUUGGAGCAGGCAACAGAAUUCCUGAUUGACUUUUUUGAGAAGAUGUGCACCUCGAGUAAGAUCAGUCGUUCUCAGGAGGGUGUACCGAACAAAUCAGAAUUGCAAGUCUACAUGGAUAAGACGGUUCUGAGGGAUGUGGAGCAGUUUUUCGAAAGGACUCGGAAUGCUGCAGCGGUCAAGGAGCUAAAGGUGAUACUGUGUCACCAGAUGUUUGGGUCUAUAUCCACUGUACUCAACAUCAACAAUCCAUCUCUGAGCCUUGUGGAGUUCGGGUUAGCCUGGCUAAGCAGGGGAGACAGUGUUGCGUUGGAGGACUUGGAUAAGUUCUCUGCAAAGCAGGACAGAGACACUUGGAUCAAACUCCAGGAACCUGCUGUCAUUCGAGCUCUUUUCCAUUACUUUAGUAAUCGGCCAACAGUCUUUGAUGAGUUUUGUCAGCAGCAGGCAGUUUAAAGCUAAGGGCCAAGGCAGCGAUGUGACAGUGACAGUGGGUCUUGAGUCUGAAAGGCUGGCGGGGCUUAUGAUUGACGCAUUGGACGGAAAGGCUCCUGUAGACUUUGUGUCUCGCUUUCUUCAGAAUCGCUUUGUGAAACUGAGCAACAACAAUUGUGAAGUUCCUGCAAUAUAUUUUGAGAAGGCAAAGGUGGUGAAAGCACGCGUUGCAACAGGAGUUGUGACAAAGAUGUGCGGCAAAAGUCACACCCAUGGCUCCGACUGUUAUACACUUGAGCAGUAUCUCGACGACGUUGAAGGGCAGGCUGACGCACUUCCAACGGUUCUCUGGACUGGUGAUGGUGGCUGGGGUGCCUUUCGUCCAGACGCGUUGGUUUUUCUCACCAAGGAAAGGUGGCCUUCGGAGAUGUGAGGCGGAGUGGGCGAGCGAGAACGGGGCGCAAAGAAAUCCCCUUGGUUUCACCUCUGUCGGCUGUUUGGGCUGGGCGGAAACUUCGGGGGAUCGUCAACACGGAAUUGCUGGAUGCUGUGGAAGAGGUGAAGAAAGGUUUGAAGAAACGGAAAAGGGGGUGAAGUGCUCUGCUCGUCUUCGGCCCACUCACAGUUCUGCCCUGUGUCCUUGAUCUUCUGUUGGGAAGUUUUUCAGGGACCACAUCAAUAAAUCUCACUUUGUGAAAA